UGCAGGCUUCCUACAACACAAUGAGCCGUUUCAGAGAAUUGUAAACAGCAGAGGUUCAGACAUGGAUGGAUCAACAAACAGUCUCGAUGAUGUGUCGGCUGGGAGUAGCACUGAGUUUCCAGACAGGCUUUCUCUUAUGGAGAUGCGGCUGCAAGCACAAGAUGAUGAGAUCACACUGCUCAAGUCCUCGUUGGCUGAUGCGUUACGCAAGCUCCGCCUCCAUGAACAACAGAUCCCACUGCUUAAGCAGCAACUGAUCGCUGUGAAUCCUGGUGCAGCUCGAGUGUUGAAUCAGCCUUUUUGCAUUGAUGGAUUCUCCAAACCCUGCAGACUCUCAGCCAGCUCUCUGGAUGGUCUGCACCACCCACCCAACAGACAUACCCCAGCUGAAAAUGGGGACGGUAGUAAAGGCCACCCCAUCCCCGGUCUGAAACUGGGCUCUAGUGAAAAGUCCACCCAAACCGAGCCCUGGACCCCUGAGCCCACGAGGACACCCCUGGCCCUUACGAGGGCCUCUAAGAGCCUCUCCCUGCAGGAUGCGCUCCCUGAGGGCGUUCCCCUCAUGGAGGAGGACCUGAUCAAAGAGACCCCCGAGGAAGACGACAAUGAAGAGGAGCGAGAGAAGGAGCAGGGCUGGUGCUCCUUGGUGGAGGAGUCCAUCAAGCCAACCAUGGUCCGAAGCCUCCAACAGCAGCAGAGCAAAAGCAGCGACGAGGGCCAGGGAUCCGCCCCGCACACACCAACCUCCAGCUCUCCAGCGCCCCCUAAAGAGGCCGUCUGCAGCCCCCAUGGCGGACCCCUAUCCCCCAUUCUGGAGGGCAAGAAAACGCUGACACGAAGGAACAGUGAGAAACUGAGUAAGGAUAGCCAGGACAAAAGCAAACAGCGAAUGCCUAAGAAAGCGGCAUCCUCGACCAACCUCCUCACUCGAUCCCCAAGUCUGGAGGGACGCGCUAAAGACCUCCUCUCGAGCACAGGAGCGCAAGGGUCCAGGAGAGGAACGCAGGGCCAGUCAAUCAAAAUGUUCAUCCGUGGACGGCCAAUCACCAUGUACAUUCCCUCAAACAUCCAGAACUACGAGGAACUUAGAAUGGACUUUCCCACUGAGAAGCUGGAUCUGGAUUGGGUCUAUGGUUACCGAGGACGGGACUGUAGAGGAAACUUGUAUGUGCUGCCAUCGGGAGAGGCAGUGUAUUUUAUUGCCUGUGUGGUAGUUCUUUACCACGUCACCAACCGAACACAACGCCACUAUCGCAAGCAUACAGAUUGUGUUCGAUGUCUAGCAAUCCAUCCAGACAAGGUGCUCGUAGCAUCGGGACAGACAGCAGGUGUGGACAAAGAUGGCAAGCCUUUACAGCCAUUUGUACAUAUCUGGGACUCCACUACCCUGGUGACUCUGCAGCAGAUCGGCUUGGGCACGUUCGAGAGAGGGGUGGGCUCCGUGGCCUUUUCGAAUGCGGACGCAGGUACGUUUCUCUGUGUGAUUGAUGAGUCCAACGAGCACAUGCUGUCUGUCUGGGACUGGAAAAAAAACACCAUGGUCCUUGAAGUAAAGAGUACCACUGAGGCAGUGUUUGCUGUGGAGUUCAGUCCUGCAGACACGAGUAACAUUAUCACGUGUGGGAAGUCUCACGUGUACUUCUGGACCCAGAGUGCCGGCACACUGACGAAGAAGCAGGGCAUCUUUGGAAAAUAUAAGAAGCCCAAGUUCAUCAUGUGUUUUGUGUUCAGUUUAACGGGGGACGUGCUAACGGGUGAUUCCGAAGGCAACAUCCUCACAUGGGGGAAAUCGGCUGCCGACAUAAAGACGUUAGGCAAAGGAGCGAAAGAGACAUUUCAGAUCAUGAAGCAGACGCGGGCCCACGAGGGCAGUGUAUUUACCCUGUGCAUCCUACAGGGCGGCGCUCUGCUUAGCGGGGGCGGUAAAGACCGCAGGAUCAUCCGCUGGAGUGCAGAUCUUGCGCCUGAGAGAGAGUGCGAGAUUCCGGAGAAAUUUGGGGCCGUUCGUACCAUUGCAAAUGUGGACGGGGAGGAAUUGCUGGUGGGAACAACACGGAAUGCCAUUCUCCGUGGCACGUUCUCAGAUGGGUUCGUGGCCAUAGUGCAGGGUCACGUGGAUGAGAUGUGGGGUCUGGCCACACACCCAUCGCAGAACCUAUUCCUCACCUGUGGGAACGACAAGCAAGCGUGCUUGUGGAAUGCUGAGGACCACAGCCUGGGCUGGUGCACCCACUUGGAGGAGUCAGGGCUGUGUGCAGACUUCAGUCCCAAUGGAUCCGUAGUUUCCAUCGGCCUAAGCACGGGAAGGUGGCUGGUGCUAGAUGUGCAGACCCGGGAGGUGGUGUGUGACUUGACCGAUGGUAAUGAGCAGCUGUCCGUCAUGAGAUACUCACCAGACGGCAGCUUUUUGGCAGUUGGUUCCCAUGACAACUUCAUUUACAUUUACAGCGUGAUGGAGGGGGGCCGGCGCUAUACGCGCUUUGGGAAGUGCACGGGGCAUUCCAGUUUUAUCACUCAUCUUGACUGGUCUAAAGAUGGGAAGUACAUCAUGUCCAAUUCUGGCGAUUAUGAAAUCCUGUACUGGGAUGUGGCUGGAGGCUGUAAAUUGUUGCGAAAUCGCUUUGAGAGCAAGGACCGUGAGUGGGCCUCCUACACCUGUGUGCUGGGCUUCCAUGUCAUGGGCGUGUGGCUGGAGGGAUCAGAUGGCACGGACAUCAACGCACUGUGUCGCUCUCACAGCGAAAAAGUGGUGGCUGUGGCAGAUGACUUCUGCAAAGUGCACCUGUUCCAGUACCCAUGCCCUAAACCAAAGGCACCUAGUCACAGGUAUGAUGGCCAUGGCAGUCACGUGACCAAUGUGCGUUUCACCCACAUUGAUAGUCACCUCCUGUCAUUGGGUGGCAAGGACACAUGCAUCCUCCAAUGGCGAGUUAAAGGAGGAGGUACCGGGGACAGCAGGGAACACCCCACCUUGUCCUUCCCUCUGUCCUCUUCUAUAGGUUCUUCAGAACAGGGGAGCCAAAGAGAAAAGGAGACAGUAUGAACAGAGAUGGAAAACGGAGCAGCACACUGCACAAAUUUGGUCUGACUCUGCACAAGCAAGAAUGUGAUGGAAAAUGCAAUGUGACCGUUUGUUUUGGUGUUCUUGGACAACUGGCAUGACCAAUAAGACAAAUGCGUAGACAUUCACUAUAACAGCUUUACAUUUUACCUUACUCAAAUUCCAUAGAAAAAAAAGGAUCAAAGCUGAUGACUGUUACCCAUGUUGGAGAGUGUAUCUUUAGAUCAUGUGAACUGAUCUUCACUUCAUUAACAUUCCCACGUUUUUGAUGAUCUGAAAUGUAACAUUCAUAAAUGCCAGACCAUCAUCUCAAUCAUUAGUCUCUAUCAUACAUUACUCGCUGAAGUACAUGUUUACAUUAAUGAAUUAUUUCUUAUUUGCAGAUCUGAUCUGUUUCUACUCUUAAUUUCCUUUGCUACUGUACCCUGUUGGGCAAUGAUUUCUGAAAAUGUGUUUAUUAUUACACUAUUAAACCAAAAUCAGUUGUCUGUAAA